AUGUGCGACGAAGAUAUUGCAGCAUUGGUUAUUGACAAUGGAUCUGGUAUGUGUAAAGCCGGGUUCGCAGGGGACGAUGCUCCUCGCGCCGUUUUUCCCUCCAUCGUCGGUCGACCCAGACAGCAAGCCGUUAUGGUUGGCAUGGGCCAGAAGGACUCCUACGUGGGUGAUGAAGCCCAAUCAAAGCGAGGUAUUCUUACUUUAAAAUACCCUAUCGAACACGGAAUUGUAACUAACUGGGAUGAUAUGGAAAAAAUUUGGCACCAUACCUUCUACAAUGAGCUCCGUAUUGCUCCUGAAGAACACCCAGUUCUUCUUACCGAAGCUCCACUGAAUCCUAAAAACAACAGGGAACGCAUGACACAGAUUAUGUUUGAAACCUUCAACACACCUGCAAUGUACGUCAACAUCCAAGCUGUACUGUCACUUUACGCCUCUGGCCGUACGACUGGUAUCGUCUUAGAUACUGGUGAUGGAGUGACUCACACCGUGCCCAUUUAUGAAGGCUAUGCUCUACCUCACGCGAUCCAGCGACUAGAUCUUGCUGGGCGAGACCUCACUGAUUACUUGAUGAAGAUCUUCACAGAACGCGGGUACACCUUCACCACCACAGCCGAACGCGAAAUUGUCCGCGACAUCAAAGAAAAACUGUGCUACGUCGCCCUCGACUUCGAUCAAGAAGUUCAGACCGCAUCCACAUCAUCCUCAUUAGAGAAGAGUUACGAACUACCCGACGGCCAAGUGAUUACCAUCGGAGCAGAACGAUUCCGUUGUCCGGAGGUACUCUUCCAACCCUCAUUCAUUGGCAUGGAAGGUAGCGGCAUCCACGAAACCACUUAUCAUUCGAUCAUGAAGUGCGACGUGGAUAUCAGGAAAGACUUAUACGCUAACACUGUUCUUUCUGGAGGCUCCUCAAUGUUCCCCGGCAUCGCAGACAGGAUGCAAAAGGAAAUCCAAGAAUUAGCCCCUAGUACCAUGAAAAUUAAAAUCAUUGCACCACCAGAACGCAAAUAUUCGGUAUGGAUAGGUGGCUCCAUCUUAGCCUCCCUUUCUACCUUCCAACAGAUGUGGAUCUCAAAGCAAGAAUAUGAUGAAUCCGGACCACAAAUUGUGCAUCGUAAAUGUUUCUAA